UGCAAAAUAUUUACUACUCUAUUUACUAUACCAUUGAAAUAGUGAUUUUUCUCGUUCGCUAAUAGUUUCUAUCGGCUCUGAUUAGAGCGCGACUGGUAUUCUAGAUACCCGUUUCCUUGACUUCAUUUUGCUCCUUCCGUUCACCGUCUUCUGCCUCUGGAUAGUAAUUAGCCAGAGCAAUUCCCAUAAGCAAACUUAUUUAUAUAUCUUUGGUGAAGGGACGACAACCCGGCUGCGUUGUUUAUCGGGGGUAAUUCCUUAUCUGUCCUUUGCCAUCUCGCUUCCUACCAACGCACUGCCGUCUACGAUCUAUUUCAUCGCAUAAAACUUCGUAAAACGCAUGAAAUGGGUAAUUGCUUAAAAAUUAGCACUUCAGAUGACAUUUCACUUUUACGCGGCAAUGACAGUCAAAUCAGCGGGACACAGCCAAUGUAUCAUCAGGGAGAGCAUUAUCAACGAGAAUUGUACUCUUCCACGUCGGCUUCGACAACGCGAACACCAUCUUCUAAUAAUCGUCAACUUUCCGAUGAAAAUCAAGUGAAAAUUGCAAAGCGUAUUGGAUUAAUGCAGUACUUGCCAAUAGGAACAUACGACGGGAGCUCGAAGAAAGCACGAGAAUGUGUUAUCUGCAUGGCUGAAUUUUGUGUUAAUGAAGCCGUACGUUAUCUACCUUGCAUGCAUAUUUAUCAUGUUAAUUGUAUAGAUGAUUGGUUGUUGAGAAGUCUAACUUGUCCCAGUUGUUUAGAGCCUGUUGAUGCUGCUUUACUGACGAGUUAUGAUUCGACAUAGCGUUAUAAAAACAUUAGCUUAUAGUUUUUCUGCUGUAAUGUGUUUUGGGAUAAAAAAAACUUUUGCUUACCAAGUAUAACUUAUUAUUUUAUAUAUUUCAAUUAAUUCUUUAUUAUACAAAUUUGUUAUUGUUUUAUUAUCGAAACAUGUUAUAAUAUUUAAUUCAUUUUAGCGAUAACCAAAAUCAUAAUUGCAAUACUAAGGAGCUCAAGAAUUUGAAAUCCAAAUUAGUUUGUGUACAUAUAUAAAUUGUUUUACCAACAUUAAUAAAAUGUGAGAUCUAUUUAAU